AUGUGCGAUGUUUGCUCCGGUUUUCUGAAUCUUCUUGUUUCUUAUGAGUCCAGAUUAAACAGCAAUAAUGACACCGAUCAACCGGUGUUCCUGGAGAAACGCGAGGUGGAAGUUGUCCUUAACUACAUCCAAACGUGGCCGAACAGGCAGUGUAUGUGCUGCUACCGGGAGAUAAAAAACUUCGAACGGUUCAACCUGGUUGUGCAGGCUAUACUAUGCUUCACUGUAUGUCAGCUGAAGAACAUCCGGAAGCUGUUGGCACAGAAUUUGCUGCAAGCUUCUUCGAGUGCAGGUUCCGGCCCAACUGGUACGAUCGCCGCAGAUUCGCCAGCAUCCGACAAAGAUUCCACUCCAUCGGCAACCAAGAUCGAGGAUACGAAAGAUGCCCGCGAUAGGAAGGAACACACAGGUAUGCCACCAACCGUCGCACCGGACGUUGGAAAAUCAGAACACCCUGCAAAGGAUGGCGAAUAUGUUCUUGAGUCGUCCGCGAAGCUUGCUGAAGCGGAUGAAGGAAAGACCGUGGACAAACAGCAGAAGUUGACAGUAGCAAGCAAUCAACCUGCGAUGGACGAAGCCUGGACGUUACUGGAUGUAGAAAAGCUGCUGAUACUGGUGUCGAAGGUGUUUCUGCUCAAUUUCCCACUGUAUGUGGCCUACAAGCACAGUGUGCACACGCGCCAGGAAGAUGUUUCAUCCCAUGAGGCGCAAUCGGUGAAUUUGUUCUGUGAUUUACACGAAAGCGAGAUAUCGGCCUUCCUGCUGCGGAAUGUGUCGAUGUUUUGCAAUUACGGCGGUUUCGAUGCGAUGAUGCAUUGUUUCGAUCAGCCCGGAUUGCCUGUCUCUACGGCCCAUGCCAUCACCGCUACGAGCUCCAACAUCAAGCUGUGGAUUAACUAUCGCUCAACCGUGCAGCUGUUCAUUCCCUUGCGCGUGAAGGUUCUGCAGUACAUGUGUCGAUUGUCCGAUCAGGAUCUCCGAUCGCCGGCUACGAAAUCGAUGGCCGACUUCAUGUGGACCGCCAUUAAGGACCCGUUCGACACGCAGAUUACAUUCGAUACGGAAGGAUUGGCGUUGGCUUUUAAGUAUUUCACUUCUUCCACACUGACGAUGCGAUUGGCGGGCAUGGCACAGAUUAAUGCACACAUCAAUAUGUUCAACGAUAUCUGCACCUCGGAAACGGUCUCUGAGGUGGAGGCGGUCGGGUUGAAGCUGGCUAAUUGGUUAUCGGACAACCAGAUCAUCUCACACCUGUUCGGUCCGAACCUUCACGUGGAGGUAAUCAAGCAGUCGCAUAUUGUUCUUAAUUUUCUGGCGGUCGAAAAUCAAAUCACCGAGGAACACAUUACCCUGAUGUGGCAAGCGGCUCAGUUAAAACACUGCUCCAAGACCAUAUACGAUAUUUUGCCUUCAUUGGUCAAGAACCUCGCACCGAAACCGGCCACUCAUCUGUACUCGCUGCUGUGCCGGCUGGAUCCUAAGGAACAUACAGAACAAAGCAUCUACAUCGCAUCCGCACUGACUAGGUUAAUUUGGAUGCGCGACUGUUCGCGACAAACGCUUAUCGAUAUGAGUAAAACGGCCGGUGCCACUGCUAGCGAUAUUGCGACGGGACGCGGAGAUUAUAACGAGCUUCCGUCCAGUUCUGAGAACAGCGUUAGCGUGGAUGGUACCAAUAGUGAGGAUGAGCAUCCUGAGGACGACAGUUCCGAUCCGGAUGUACCAUCGGUACCGCCGGUGGUUGUAGCCGGUAUCCAUAAACCUCCCGGUCCGAUACUGCGCAUGGGUCCAGACCGUGAGGGAGAAUCCGACAAUGGAGCACCUCCUUGCAAGCAGGCACGCCAUAAGAUAUGUUGUGAUGAAACUACUGAUGACAGUAUCAAGGUGGAACCAGAUAUUUACGAUGUGCAUCAAAGGAUAAAAGAGAAAAUAAGAAUCCCUCUAAUGACACGUUCUAUCACCGCCUUUAACGAGGACGCUACAAGCAGCGACGAAUGUAUCGAUGUGGAUGAAGCGUUUUUAAUGCGCAAAAAGUUACGCAAAAAACGUCGCAAAAUCAGUGGACUUACACGCAAAGAGUUGCAGGAGCUGCAAGAAAGUGUAUCAGAUGUGGAGGACAGCGAUCUGCUGGCUGCAAUGCUUCCCGAUAGCGACUGUAGCGAUAACAAUCUGCAGACAUCUGUGCUGCGACAUAUUCAGCAGCAGCAACAGCAACAGCAGCAGCAGCACCACCAUCAUCAUCACCAUCACCAUCACCAUGGUAGCCCACUGGGACCUGGAAUCGUUGGCAUGAACGAGCGGGAGCAGAUGAUCGGUCGUGCCGGCAAUAGCCUGAUGGGGGCAGCUGGUGUCGCCGCACUGAAUGAUGAUGUUUCCAGCUUUAUGGGCGCAAUGGGUGAGGGCCGUUUGAUAAACUUUCUGAACGCGGCGGAUGCGGCCGAUCACGAUGGAAGCUGUUCGUCACCGAUGAGCAACAAAUCGGAAAAGAAUAUGGCCGAUUUUGAUGAUGAGGAUUCGCCGUGCGAAGAGGAACUGGCUCAGUUAGCAGCGCGUGCCGAAUCACUUCAUCAAGGGUUUCCCAUCUCGCGGCCUCGGUCUAUUGGUACCGUAGCAGGACCGUCACCUUUGCGUCCGGGUGCUGGUGGAAUGGCAUUGAUGAAACAUUCACCCCAUCAACAUUCGCCCGGAAUGCAUCGAAUGGGUGCAAACAAUGGGGCGAUAAAGAUGGUCAAAGGAGGGUCCACGAAGACGAAGGAUAUUCUACAAGCUACGGCCGCUGCUGCAGCUUCUGCCGGUCCCGUAGGUACCAUGAUGAUUGGGAACCCUUACCGAUUCCCGGAUGUGUGCCUGCCGGGCAACACCUUGCUGUGGGAUCUUCUUCAGGACGAUAAGAUUGGUCAGCUGGGUGAAUCGAUCGCACUGGAAGCGGAGAAAGUGCUCGGUACUUUGCUUUGUUUUCACACGGAUAAGCACAUACGCACGCGGUUCAUCGAAGGCUGUUUGCAAAAUUUGGCCGAAAACCGUAGUGUGGUCACGAGCCUGAAACUGCUGCCAAAGUUGUUUGCAUCGUUUCAGCAAUACCGAGAGGUGACUACGCAUCAAGUGGUGCUGUGGUCGGAAAGGCAGCAUCGGAUGAUGUUUCACUUCUUCAACAAUCUGAAACAUUACUCGUCAACAUACCGGCACAGUAUGAAUGCGGUUAGUGUACAGACGGAUAACACGAGCCAGAGCGGACCACUCUACUCGCAUGUGACCCAGAUACAAGUGCGUUUGCAGUUCUUAACGUCGGUGUUUAGCGACGUUGGGUCGCCGCGAAGCUUCCGGCUGACGUUAAAUCAAGUGGAUAGCCUUUGGAGCUGUCUGGCCAACGAUCCAGAGUGCAGUGAUUGUCUGUUUUCGUGGUUGCAGGCACAGGUGAAAGGUGGUGAUACUCAUGCCCUCGGAUUAAAUGCUAUCCAGCAUCUGUAUUUGAAGCGCCUGUCGGAGCUUAAACCGGAAGGAAUAUCAAUGGUUGCGCUGGGUUUGUUUCAGCAACUUUUCACCCUCGGCCGGGAAGAGCUUUUCGGACAACCGGGCGAUGGUAAUGAACGCGAUCGUGAGAUGGACAAUGUUGGCAUGGAGCACUUGUGGAAGAUAGCACUGCGAGCCACAAAUACGGAUGUGUCGCUUUCGGCCAUUCAGUACAUCAACACAUACUACAUGGAGAAGCAGCUUAAGUAUGAACAUCAGUUUGUGGCACAAUGUAUGAACCAUCUGUCGCAAGCGGUCGAAGAACUAAACCAACAUUCGGACAACAACGGCCCGGCCACAGAAUAUGCAUUGCUGUGUGUGCAGCGCGCGCUGAUGCUGCUAAAUACCCAUCUCGAUACAUUCCGACGACGAUACGCGUACCACUUGCGUCGUUGGGCACUUGAAGGCAAAGAUAUUGGUGCGUAUAGCGCCUUGCGUACGGAAGGUCCUGGACCACCGUUAAGAAUCGUGCUGCAACCUGCCGGCGUACCCGAUAAAUCGUUUCUCAACAUGCACGCGAGUGAUCUGGUGGCCGAUUUGAAGGCGGAAAUUGCGAAAUGGUGGGAAAAGUACCAAGGUGCUCCACAAGCUAAAACGGCUCAAUCUCCGAGUGGUACCAAUGCGGGUAGCGGAGGAGAACAAAACAGCUCUGGAAGUCCGGCUCCGGUGCUAGGAUUACUGCUGAACGAUGGACCAUUGAGAAUCAUCACGCAGGGUCAGGAAAUAACGUCCGAGUACGAUGAGCGCAGCUUGGCCGAUGUGGGUUUUAAGGAUAACCAAAUGGUCUAUGUGUCGCUCGGUGGUCGCAGUGGUCGCAGGCGCGAGCAGAAUGAAAACCCUUCGAUGCAACCUCCGCCUUCCAAAGAUUGCUUGCCGACUUUGUUGCUCCUGAAGGCACCGUACUUUGAGCAAUUGUUCCGCUUGAUGCAAACAUUGGGCGAUAUGAAAAUUAGUAUCACUGGGGAACGCUGUCAGCCCAACACCAAGGCUCAAUUACUCUCGCGCCGUGUGUGGGACAUCCUUGCGAUGCUUCCCACAUGUCCAUCCUUUUUCAGCACGCUGAAAAAUCUCUCCUUUAAGUGUGCUACCGCAAAGCACCAGAAAAUGGAAGAAAAGCGUGUGGAUGUGGACAGCAGCAAGAAUGCAUCCAGUGGUGAUGAAAUUACAGAAGGUUUGGCGAAGGAUAUGGACCCUCUGUUGGGCGGUUGCUACACGCUGGAAGAAAUUCUUGACCCGUACAACUUGCAAAAGUUCAUGUACGCCUUACACAUAGUGGAGAGUCUGUGUAAAUCAAAGUUUGUGGGCAACUGUUGUGGCAGUGUGUCCGGAGCAAUGCACGUAAAGCAGAUUCCGUUCGCCGAGAGUGUUAAUAAUCGGGGCGCAAUCGGUGUUGCUGGCACGAGUUCUAAGACACUUUCGGUUAAAAAUCAACUGAAGUUGAAGAUCUCCUCUUCGAAGUCUUUGAAACUGCAACAACAAACUAGCCCGAGGCAAGGAACUGUGGUGGUACAAGAGUCAGCAUCUGCGGGAAGCACCAACCGAUCACCUCCGAAGGGAAAACGAUUGGAUUUUGCGCCGAAUUCUCCCGGUCCAGGUGUGGUAAAACCAACACCUUUGUGUAGUGAGGAGGAUCGUUCGGUAAUAAUGGAAAGGGACGUUCCAGAUGGAAGUGUGGAAAACAAGGAAAAUAAACCUGAUUCCGAUGGUGGUUCCAGUUCAACUAAACCCGAUGAUCAUCAGCAAGCAGCAGAUUCACAACCAUCGGUCGAAUCUGGACAGGAAUGUCUUGGCAUGGGUAGUGGACAGUUGGGAACGGUGCAGGUGCAAGGAUCGGAAGAACUGAAGAAGCAGGAAAGCACCCCAGAGUCGACUAGCGAUCUCAACGAUCCGGGUGCCAGCUCAUCACGUGUGGUCGAGUGGAGCGAUGAAUUUAUGCGGUGUGGUGGUUUGGCCCAUUUAUAUCGCAUUUUCUUGUCUGGUGUGCUACAAAAAUCCAUCGACGGUUCGGACGAGAGUGAACUGAACGAAUGGCGUCACGACUGUUUGGCUUCGUUGCUGCGCAUCAUGUGUCUGCUAGGAAUGGACGAACUCAAAACUACCGAACAGGAAGGAAGUGGGAUCUUGAUUCCACCCUUAAAUCGCGACACGAUGGCAUUGUUCGAACCACGUCCAACUCUCGAGCGAAUUGCGUCCAUCUUGAACGAGGAGUCCUUGCCGGUGAAUCCAAACCUCUUCAAAACGGGUAUGUUUGGUCGUCCGCAGGUGAUACAUUACGCGAUGAAUUUGCUCGUCUGUUAUGCACACUCCUGCAAGGAGGUGCGUCAAUUGCUGUGGACAAUCGAGGCCAACUCUCACUGGUUGCAACGUUUGAUAUUGGACGAUCCGGAGCCAGCCGUUCGACGGGAGGCAUGCGCUGCACUCUACCGGUUGUGUUUAGGUAAUUCGCAAACGUACUACGAAUUGAUGGCGCCGUUGCUGUCUAAGCUGGUGGCGCUUUUACCGCUGGCUGAAAAUAUGAAACCACAGGCACUCAACGUUGCAGCGUGCGGUGGCGGUAUCUACGGAGCUCUGCUGUCGGCGGGGGAUGAAGGAAAGGAACCAUACGGUCCAGCUUGUAGAGAUUAUUUCUGGUUGUUGUGCCGGUUGGUGGAUGCACUCUCGCCGGAACUUUUGCGAGGGACUACUGGCAGCUCAACGAGCGACGAACUCCAGCCACGGGAUGCUAUCGGACUGGAUGCGAUGUGUCAGCAGGUGGCUCGCAGCAUUCUUGAACGAGAUUAUCUGGAAAGUCGACAUGGUAGUCCUGACGAUGGUCUGUUCGGGUUGCUAAAUUUAAUGGCAAAUUUGCUAAAAUUCGAUCCAGUGUUCAAGUACAGUGUAGCGGGACAGGAAUUUAUGGUCAGUGUGUUUUGCUGUCUGUUCGAACUGCCAUCGCCGGAGGACCGUGAAAAGCCCAAGUGCAAGAGCCACGCUGCCCGGGCAGCUGCGUACGAUUUACUGGUUGAGAUGUGCCGUAACGCACCGAAGAAUUAUCUCUUGCUGCAUGGAAAGCUGAUGCAGCAACACCGAGCUGGACCACAUUCACCGUACCCGUGGGAUUACUGGCCACAGGACGAAGGUCGAUCCGAGUGUGGAUAUGUCGGGUUAACAAAUCUUGGCGCCACCUGCUACAUGGCGUCAUGCAUUCAGCAUCUCUUCAUGACACCACAAACACGUGAUGCUAUCUUGUCCAUCUCAACCGAUGCACCACAAAAGCACAAAGCGACGCUCUACGAACUGCAGCGCAUGUUUGCCUAUCUGAUGGAGUCGGAACGGAAGGCGUACUGUCCGAGAUCGUUUUGCCGAGUUUAUCAGAUGGAUCAUCAGCCAUUAAACACCGGCGAGCAGAAGGAUAUGGCCGAGUUUUUCAUCGAUCUCGUUUCGAAACUGGAGGAGAUGACGCCGGACCUGAAGAAUCUUGUCAAGCGCAUCUUUUGUGGCGUCAUCAGCAAUAAUGUUGUGUCCUUAGAUUGUGGACAUGUGAGUAGAACGCUGGAGGAAUUUUAUACCGUCCGUUGCCAGGUGGCCGAUAUGCGCAAUUUACAUGAAUCGCUUGACGAAGUUACUGUUAAGGAUACGCUAGAGGGUGACAACAUGUACACCUGCUCACAGUGCGGCAAGAAGGUGCGUGCCGAGAAACGGGCCUGCUUUAAGAAGCUGCCACAGAUACUGUGCUUUAACACGAUGCGGUACACAUUCAAUAUGGUCACGAUGUUGAAAGAGAAGGUUAAUACGCACUUUUCGUUCCCGAUGCGUCUGGACAUGUCGGGAUACGUGGAGAAAACCUUAAUGCCCCACCAUUACCAGGAGGAGAAGCGUAAAUCGCAAAUGCGUCGAUCACACUCCCGAAAUGUGAGUGAAUCUUCUGCAACGGGAGAAACGAACCCGGCUGGUACAGCUGGAGCUAAUGAUGAUAACAGUAGCAGCAGUGCUAGCAGCAACACGAGCAAUAGUAGCAGUACCGGUAUCAUGAGCACAAGCAGUGAGUGUAAUGCUGCUAGCAACGGUAACAAACCAAACGGAGCUACAACGACGAUGGAUAAGCAGGAGAAUGAAGAUGUCGAGAUGAAUGUUGGUUCGGAUGAAAAAAGCAACGCCGAAAGGAAGAACGAUACGGCGAACGGUAACCUGAGCGACAGCAGUAAUGGUGAUCUGCAGCGACAGCAGCAGACGAUGGAUGAGGAAGAAUCGGAGGAUUUCAAUGAGAACUAUGAGUACGAUCUAGUAGGCGUUACAGUGCACACGGGAAAUGCUGACGGUGGGCACUACUACAGCUUCAUAAAGGAGCGCAAUGAAGAUGGUGAUCCGAAUCACCAGGAACGCUGGUUUCUGUUUAACGAUGCCGAGGUGAAACUGUUCGAUCCAUCGCAAAUCGCGGCAGAAUGUUUCGGGGGAGAAAUGACGAGUAAAACGUACGAUUCGGUAGCUGAAAAAUAUUUGGAUUUUAGUUUCGAAAAGACGAACUCAGCGUACAUGUUGUUCUAUGAGUGGCGUUCCAACAAGGGUAAGAAUGUGCAGCGUGAUCAAGCCGAUCAACAACAUGCUUCAACGUCUACGGAAAAACGAUCCACUGGUGUGUCUAACAACAGUCCAGAUAGCGAGAAGAGAUCGUUUGCUAAUGCUACAAAAAGUGCUGUGAAGUCACCGAUUAAAAAUCCAAUGAAAUCCACCAACCUGGCGGACAAAGAGGCUUGUAGAAAGCAGCAAGAACCAAUACUUUCCCCGCCAAAGGAGACCAUAACAAUGUCGCAAGACAUUGGAAAAUUAACGAACAGAAAAGCUGGAAUUACGGCGACGGGUCAAUGUGCAUCGAAUCCAGCUGUUACAGCGUUUAAUUCGAGUGCGUUUUCUGUGUCACAAUCAUCGUUUUCGGCAGCAUCCCAACAAUCUGCCAAAGCUCCCUCGAAUAAUAGCAAAGCAGCCGCCGUGCAGGAGAAACUAGACUCCAACAAAAACGGCAAUUCCACAGGAGCGCGGGAGCAGCUUUCAUCAAAUGUUGAUCUACUGAAGGAGCGUCAGUCGACUACGUUUGAUGUAACUCCGGGUCAAAAGCCAGCGAGUAAUGAACGUGAUCAAGAGACUGAAGAAUUCAUUCAACAACUUAGUGAAGUAGCUAAAGAAAGUAAUAACCUAAGUAAAUGUGAUAUAGAUACUAAGCAUGCUAGCACUGCUAGAAUACCAUCAACAACAUCAUCACAGCAGCAGGAAGUUGAAGUGGCAUCCACCAGAGCAGUUAGUCCUGCGCCAACGAUAGCAUCGCUUGCCAGCACUGCUUCAUUAUCACCAGCAUCAACCGCAUCGACGGCAUCCGUCACUUCGGCCGGACCCGCCACAGCAGUUAUUGCACCAACCGUUACUGUACCGUCGAUUCCCGUUUCCACUCCGUUGCAUCCGCUGAUUGUACCUAUGGCUGGAUCUUCUGUCGCAUCAGGCUCUGUGGUAUCAUCGUGCAUGGGUACGUUAAGUGGACCCGGACCGGCACCACCGUCGGUCAUGGGUUUCCAGGGAUCAACAUCAUCCGCAACGUCACCCUCGACCAUGCUGCAUGGUGUUGUCUCGGAACCAUCACCUUCAUCUUACUCGUCAAUAUCAUCGCUUUCUGCGCUAACGGCGACUGUCGGCGGUAACAUAGCGUUGCCGAUGGCUGCCGUCGUAGGGCCUACUCCCGGAGGGCCGGGAUCUUCCUUUAGUGCUGUUACGUCGCAUGCAGUGUUACAGUCUUCAAGUUCGCCUGGUUGCUCAAGCGGAUCGGGAGGUGGAAGUACCAAUAGUUCAGGAUUGGUUAUGGUGAAUCGGAUCAACCAAUCGAACAAACGACUCCGGCGUCGGCCACUGUCAAAGGAGUUAGAAGAAUGGAUUUGGCAGGAUAAUAGACAUUUCCUGCAGGAUCGAAAUAUCUUCGAGCACACGUACUUCAACUUCAUGUGGCAAAUUUGUGGUCAUAUUCCUCAAAGCUUGCUGGCACUACCGGACAUAACGAGCAUUGCAGCACAACUUUCGGUGUCGUUUUUUAUCGAAACAUUUAUACACGCAAAGGAAAAGCCAACAAUGGUACUGUGGGUGGAACUGUUGACGAAACAGUUCAACGCCAGCCAGGAAGCUUGCGAGUGGUUUCUCAGCCAUAUGUCCGCGGAACCUUGGUGGCCCGUUCAGGUUUUAAUACAAUGCCCGAAUCAAAUGGUUCGUCAGAUGUUCCAACGGCUGGUGAUACAUGUGAUUCAACGGUUACGACAAAGUCAUUGCGGCUUGUAUCUAAAGGCAGAAACCGAUAUUGACGGGAACGAAAUAAUCGGAAACGUAUCUUGCGUGACGCGUUUCAUUAAAUCGCUCAUUAUGUUGAUGGAGCAUGGCGCGAAGGCACAUUCGAGGCAUUUGUCCGAGUUCUUCGGCUUGCUGUACGAAUUUUCUCGUAUGGGCGAAGAAGAAGCACUGUUCUUGCUACGCAUUAACGUGAUCCGAAGCGUUGCCGAUUUUUACCUUGGACACAAGGGACAGGAGUGUAUCGAUGCGAAUUCGGAUAAUGAAGAAAAUUCAUCGGAUGAGGCGUUAACUGUCGAUAAAUCACGACCAGCAUCGUUGGAUAAGAUGAUCGCAUUGGUAGCUUCCCUAGUGGAACGAUCGAGAGGACCAGACUUACGGCUGCAUUUGUCCGCACGAGACUACAAUGCGAUCGCGGGCGGUAAAGGUUUUCCCUUUUUGUAUCAGCAGAUUAAGGACAACAUAAACCCACAGCAAACGCGUCAUCUAAUCCAUGCACUGUGUCGAUGCGAUGAACGGCUUGCUAGCCAAAUCAUAGCGAUGCUGUUUACCGCAGUCACCAAACACACAGAACUGUGUGGACCGUUCUUCAAGCUAAUUACCCUUCUCACUGAAUCUUCGGGCGGACCGUCAGGGCUUCCGUGCUUUUCGCAGCUCGUGCUCCAGCGUGUCUGGGAUGCGGCCGAAUACUGUCCACAGUCUGCACUAGAUUGGUUAGCCGUACAGGCACCGCGUAACAAGAUCGUCCACAAUUGGAUCCUACAGUCGGCCGACAGCUGGGUGGAACGAUUUUUGCUGGCUCACGGCAAUGCACGUGUUCGAAACGCAGCCGCCUAUCUGUUGGUGUCUUUAGUGCCUUCGCAAAGCUUCCGGAACAACUAUCGGGCCACAUCGCACCAUAAAUUAUCGAUGCACGUGUUUCAGCAUCGUGAAAUAUCCUGCGAGGCGCAGCUGAUCCUACACACCAUACUGAAUCUGCUCCUGCUACUACUUCGUUCGGCAAGAAAUUACACGGAUAUUAACCUGCAUAGUACGACCAAAUUUACCGCGUAUUUUAAUCUGCUAACGUACUGUCUGGUAUCGAAGACGGAAAAAUUGAUGGUUGGUCCGCACUUAAGAUCUUUGUGGGAUCUGUUCCAUCCGAGACUAUCAGAACCGGCUGUACCGGCACAUCACAACAAACAGGCAUUGCUAGCUUUUUGGUAUCAAGCUACGCUGGACUGUCCAGAGAAUGCGAGCCUUGUGGCAAACUGUCCAGAUAUAACGCGGAACAUUGCAUUUAACUAUAUUUUAGCUGACCAUGACGAUACGGAUAUAGUGACGUACAACCGUGCAAUGUUGCCAGUAUACUAUGGUUUGUUGCGGAUGUGCUGUCAGCAAAGCCGUCUGCUUACCAGACAGCUAGCAGCGCACCAGAAUUUGCAAUGGGCAUUCAAAAACAUAACGCCUCAUCCGACCCAAUACCCGCUGGCCGUCGAUGAGCUGUUUCGUUUGAUGACUCUCUUCGCCCAACGCCAUCCGGAUGCAAGUGAGGCCGAGCAGCGUGAUGUGACUAUCUUCCGCCGAACAACGCUUACAGCCUAUCUGAACGGGCUAGAUGCACGAGUGUCCUGGGGUACGCUAAUCGCUGCCUUACGAAUUCUCGUCGAUAACGAUGAUGAUCGAUUGUAUGUUGUACUGAACGGUGGUAUAACGCUUUGCUUCGAUGCACUGCACACACUGCACUCGAUGUACCACGAAGCGACCGCUUGUCAUGUGUUUGGAGAUUUGCAAGAGUUGCUGACGGAGGUUAUUUUACUAAUAAAUACCCUACGCGCAAGUAGUCGUGAGCAGAAGAAACGUCCUCAGCCAGCUUUGAUGAAGGGUCUGCCGGACGCCGUCCGCCGAUUGGCCACGUUGCUGAAUACAUUCAACCCACCCGAGAUGCGUAACCUAGCGUUGGAAGUACUGAAGGAAUUGGUCAAAUGUGCACCGCCGGAUAUAAUCACGACAGUGCUGGUACCACUGCUGACGAGCUGUCAUACACCACACGUGCACCAUCUUAUCCAUCAGGCGAACAGCACGAGCAACACCACCACGCCAGCGUCAUCCAACGCCGCCGGCUCAACAGCUGCCUCAUCAUCCAUCGGACCGCUGGGUUCGUACUUUCCACGACGGGGCAUGAAAGCGACCUGGCCGCCAGUAUCAAAAAAUACACCCCGUCCACCGAAAGCAAUGAUCCAGAUGAACAUUCCACAGGCACAGAUAUGCGAAAAGGGUUUGGACAAAGAUUUCGAUCUUGCACUCGAACUGUUCUAUCGGCCGUAUCACGAGUUUUUGGACAUCAUGUUCCGCGUGGCUGUGACAUCAAAUCACUUUAGUGAACCAUUAGUGCACCUCUCACUGCUGACCGGAAUAGAAGCGGUAGUGCUGCACUUCAAUAUCUUCGCAAAGUUUUGGGUCGGAAUUUUCAACAAUAAAACAACACAUCGAUACGCUGAAAUGCUCAUACAAAAUCCACUGCUAAUCGACUACAUCGACAACGUAUUGAGAGACGAAAGACUGUCGUUAAAUGAUCCUAUAAUAGCGAAUUUUAUCGAAAUUUAUUAUCCAAAGAUAAAAUCUCGUCUUUUCGUGCCACGGUUGCUGGAAUCCAUUUGUCAGCUAUUGCCGGACAAGAAUAAUCUGGAGGACAUUUGUGGCGACUUGCAGGCGAUUCGAAUCAUUGGUCAGCGUACCGGAAUUCCGAGCACGGUGAAGGGUGCCCUUCAGAAUUCGCUCCAUGCCGUACUGACAAAGUUUAAGGAUGAAAUCUACAGUGACGAAGAAAUACCUACGAAAAAACGAAAAGUGACUGUGCCACACAUAACGAUUCAUCCGGUCGUUCGAUCAUCAUCUUCUGGUGAGACUUCCGGUGUGGCUACUCCAACAACGGAGUGCGCACAGGCGACAACAGUAGCCGUGACCGCCACAGCCUUGCCAGAAGGGUCGAUGGUUAAAUCUACACGACUUAAGGAAAGUGUACCACCAUCGAUUGAAAUCACCGUACAAAACAAACCAGGUGCUUCCUCGGGUGCUGGCAGUGUGAUAAAGCUGCCCAACUCCACCGAAAGUCCCUGUCCGGAAAGCGAAGCACGAAUUCAACCAACGGCGUCGACGAGUGCCAUCACGGCACCAGGCUCAGAAUCGACAGGGACGGCUCAGACUGCGGCGCACGGUAGCACCGAUAAGGAGCGUGGCGUGAAAAACAGUGUAAGUAGUGAGAAGGCCAGUGCACAACCUACUGUGGCUGAAGGUGAAAUCAUUGGCCCAACGGUAAUGGAAACGGGGUCAACUAGCGAACAGAACCAGCAGCAACAACAAAAGCAACAAGAGCAGUAUCUACGUAAUUUAGUUAAAGACAUCGAGAGCCAUAUUGAACUAAUAUUUGAGUGUUUGGAUGAUGAUGAAGGGGAUAAUACGAACGAGGCCAAUACCCAGCAGCCGCUCGAUGAAACGGAUGAACGGAGUCUCGAAAUGAGAAGGAACGCGAUCAUGAAGGGCCCAGCAUCCACCAUCAUCUCCUCCAAGGCUGAGCUGAGUGGAACGCUAGGAAAGCGACAAACCGAUGCAAUGGAACAACGUGAUCCAGAUGUCGUGGUAGUUAGCAGUAGUAACAGCGGAUGUCACGCUUCGUCAGCUGCUGAAGCAGCAGCUGUAACUGAGCUAUUGGAAGGCGGCAACACAACUGGGCAACCGCAGCAGUUUGCAAAUGUUAGUAAGAUACAUCAGAAACCAAUUGCCCAAAAACCCGACGGGUUAACUGAAGAGUGUACUUUUGAACAGAGGAAAGGCUCUUCACCUAAACCGGAAACCUGUCCAGAUGAAAAAGAUGAGAAGAAUUCGCUGUCGAAACCUGUAACAAUUUGA